AGCCGGCCCUACUUUCUUGCACGGCGCGGCGUGGUAGGGGAAGCCGCUAGCUGAUUCAUUGUGUCGUACAAGCGCCGGUGUUUUCCCUCCCCUUCGGUCUGUUCUUCUGCAACGCAAUGUCGGCCGUAAAAGCACUUAACCCCAAAGCCGAGGUGGCCCGAGCCCAUGCCGCUCUUGCCGUUAAUAUCAGCGCCGCACGUGGACUUCAGGAUGUGCUGCGGACCAACCUCGGGCCUAAGGGCACCAUGAAAAUGCUGGUGUCUGGUGCUGGAGACAUCAAGCUGACCAAAGAUGGCAAUGUGUUGCUUCAUGAAAUGCAAAUUCAGCACCCAACAGCAUCCCUGAUUGCUAAAGUAGCCACUGCGCAAGAUGAUAUCACCGGUGAUGGCACAACCUCCAACGUCCUGAUCAUCGGGGAGCUGCUGAAACAAGCAGAUCUAUACAUUUCAGAGGGUCUUCAUCCAAGAAUUGUGACUGAAGGCUUUGAAGCUGCAAAGGGCAAAGCGCUUGAAGUCUUGGAUCAGUUGAAAGUGUCCAAGGAAAUGGACCGGGAGACCCUAAUCAAUGUGGCACGGACAUCACUGUGCACCAAGGUUCAUGCUGAACUAGCUGAUGUCUUAACAGAGGCUGUUGUGGACUCUAUUUUGGCCAUCAGGCAGCCAAAUGAGCCUGUUGACUUGUACAUGGUUGAAAUUAUGGAGAUGAAACAUAAAACAGAAAGUGACACCAAGUUGAUCAGAGGGCUUGUCCUUGAUCAUGGAGCUCGUCAUCCAGAUAUGAAGAAGAGAGUGGAAGAUGCCUUCAUCCUCACCUGUAAUGUUUCCUUGGAAUAUGAAAAGACAGAAGUGAAUUCCGGAUUCUUCUACAAAAGCGCAGAUGAGCGUGAAAAACUGGUUAAAGCUGAGCGGAAGUUUAUUGAAGAGAGGGUAAAUAAAAUCAUUGCCCUGAAGCAAAAGGUCUGUGGAGAUACUGGCAAAGGAUUUGUUGUGAUAAAUCAAAAGGGAAUUGACCCAUAUUCUUUGGAUGCCCUUGCUAAGGAAGGAAUUGUAGCACUUCGUAGAGCAAAGAGAAGAAAUAUGGAAAGGUUGACUCUGGCAUGUGGUGGCAAUGCCAUGAAUUCUGUGGAUGAUCUCACUCCUGAAUGCUUAGGACAUGCUGGCCUUGUAUAUGAAUACACAAUGGGUGAAGAAAAGUUCACUUUCGUAGAGGAGUGUGACAUCCCACGCUCUGUGACACUGCUCGUCAAGGGGCCAAAUAAGCACACGCUAACCCAGAUCAAAGACGCCAUAAGAGAUGGGCUGAGAGCUGUCAAAAAUGCCAUUGAAGACGGCUGUGUGGUACCCGGUGCUGGGGCGCUAGAAAUGGCCAUCGCUGAUGCUCUUAUGAAGCACAAGCCCAGUGUGAAAGGCAGAGCCCAGCUUGGUGUGCAGGCGUUUGCUGAUGCUCUCCUCAUCAUUCCCAAGGUUCUAGCCCAAAACUCUGGUUAUGACGCUCAGGAGACAUUGGUAAAACUUCAGACUGAAUAUGCUGAAUCAGGUCAGCUUGUGGGUGUGGACCUCAACACAGGUGAACCAAUGGUUUCAGCAGAAGCAGGUGUCUGGGACAACUACAGUGUUAAAAAGCAGCUCCUCCAUUCCUGCACUGUAAUCGCAAGCAAUAUCCUCCUAGUGGAUGAAAUCAUGAGAGCAGGAAUGUCUUCUCUUAAAGGAUAAACGUCUGAAUGCUGGAUAUCUUCAACGCAUUCGGCUGCUUCCUUCAAUUUACUGAACGUGCAGAUCCAGUAAAAAUGUGUCACUUAAAACUGUUAAACGAUAGCACCUAUUGAAUCCUGAUUGACCCAAUGUUCAGAAUGUAUUUAUUUUUUCUUUCUUUUUUUUAUGGCACUGAAGUGUACAAGUUGACUCUGCGGUCUUUGUACGAAAUAAAAUCAGCUCUUCAAUUA